UUACAGCGGUAUACUCCACCAUACUGUGUUGUCAUUGUAAGAUUAUUGCAGUACACUUCCAUUCCGUCAGUGGUUCAGUGGUCUUGUGCUCCGUCAUUCUGCGCUGGCUCUUACUUGCCGUAUAUGUGCGCUGUCUGUCAUUCCCGUUUCGCAUUUUGAAUCUGCUUCUCCCAUAUCUUCGUAACCUCGACUAUGGCAUUACCAUAAUGUCACGGUGUACCACCUGUUGCUGCCAUACCGUAUAACAUCAUACGUGAUAUACAUUGCAGAUUAAAAAAAAAAAAAAAAUUAAUCAAGGUACAGUUUGCGAACGAGUGGUUAAUUGAUCGCCGCUGCUGAUCAUGAAAAGUCAUUCUUGAUAGAUAAGUCGGCUAAAAUCUUUAUUUUUCAUUUCACUAUCAGAUGUAUUAUAGCUUCGUGAGAAUUCUACACGAAACCAAACUGCAUUUCGGUAAAAGCAGAUUCUAAAAAGAAAAACAUUCGUAUAGAUAGUCAGAGAUGUAGAAGGAAUUGCAUUUAUACACUCUGCAUAUAUGUAAUGAAAUAAACAUGCCUUCAAGAAAUGUAUGUCAAGUAUAAUUUGUAGCGUAUUAUAUCCAUGAUAAAUGUAACGUGUCUAUAUGAAUGUUGUUAAGCUAAUAAUACCAGAACCUAACUUGAAAACGCCUUUGUACAGUAAGGAACAUAAUUUAGGUUACAAAUCUAGAAGGUGGGAUUUUUCCCCUGAGAGACAACAACAUAAAUUCUUUGCUGUCUUUGUAACACCGUGAACAUCGACGUCUAAAAGAAGGAAAGCAGUCAGCUCUUCACUAAUACGAGGUUUGGCUAUCAGCUGAUAAACUGAUAAGGCCUUAGACAGCGAUGUAGAGCUAUGGUAGUGUUCAGGUGGAGCUGGGGUUGGCAUCAUCUCCAGGACUUCACUCCGUUCCGCGAGUUGAGGACAAGUGACACCACCAGGAAUGGGAAAGGAAUCUGAGUGAAAUUGGCCCUUGUUGCCAUAAUGUGUGCGAGUAGACAGCGGCUAGAGGAACGGCAGAGAGAGUGUCAGCUGGGAGAUUGUAAAGGAAUACAGGAGCAUGUACCGCUGCUCGGGUUCCGCUGGGUGUGUGAGUAGGAAAGAAGAUCCCCACUCCGAAGUAGGGCGAGAUGGAGCUUCAUCUGUUGCUCAGAGAGAGAAUGAUGAACUGACAGGGUGUAGACCUAACCCCGGGCACAGGAAAGAUCACGAAUUGACUUGCACAGACUUACACGGAGAUCCGGUAUCGAAGUCCAGCCCAGAGACCAGCGGAGUGAGGAAGCAAAGCAGCCCCGGCAUUAAGGCUUCUGAUUCAUGCUUCUUUAGCGCCGACGAAAAGGGCAGUCCGGACAUUCAGGAAAGCAUCCACGGCGCGAAUCCCUACAUUCGGCUACGGAGGACGUGCGAGAGAAAAGUGACCGGGAGCGACAGUGGCUUUGACAGCCCUCGGAGUGGCUACGCGUCCAGCAGCUCCUUUGAUCUGGUGUUCACAGGAAACGCUUCCGACCUUGACAGUCCUCCCGGUAAUACGAAACCCAAAGAUCAGCGCCCGAUCUUGACGCGAUACCAGAGGCCCAGUUAUCAGAGAUUCGACUCGGACGAUUGGAGACCCAUCCCGGGCGAAGGCAGGUAUGAAUGCGUAGAGCGAGCAGCUGGUGCCCCGGGGAAACCGCAACGAUGGGAUGAGAAGGAACUGUGGAGGGACAGCGGAGUGCCUGAUUCACCGGGGUGCUUCCCAGACUCGGCUCUCAAGGGCAGCCCAGGGAACACACUCGCGAGGGUGCUGGACAGGCACGUCCUGCCCGACCCGGCUCAGCAGUCGAUCGUCGUAGGAACUUUCAACCAGCAGAUGCGGGAGCUGGCCAUGGCGAUGAUAAGCCUCUACGGGUCGGAUACGUUCAUAGAUGUGGUGUCCUGCCAGGCACACCUACGCGAGGAGCAGCUCAGGAAGGCGAUUAAUUCUGAGGUGGAGAUACAGUGUGAGAAUGGAGAGCGCCGCGUUCUCCGCUCCACCUGCGACUGGGCGGAAGGAGCCAUCAACGGGGACCAUCUGUGGUGCCCGACCUCCGCCUCCGGGGACCUCUGCUACGUGGGCGAUGACUACUGCUGCCGUGCACGGCGGAGAGGUUCUUCCGCAUCGACCGUGCCCAGGAGCACCUCCACUACGUCACCGACAUCUGCACGGAGGACCUGUACGUGCUGGACCCCGAGCUGACCGACCCCACCUGCGUCGGCGGCGUCAGAGGGGACGUGAGCGUGGACAACGACCUAGACCAUAGCGAGAGGAUGGCCAUGGUAAGCGACAGUGACUCUGGCGUGGGCGGCACUGACCUCGACCAGCGAAACCCCCCCGCCUCCACCUUCACCAUCAGCCACGACUCCCUCGACAACGAGGAGGAUGAGGCCCCCCAGGGGUCCACGGACACCCGGGAUACUAUCAGCCUGCAUGAGCGUGUCUUUGGACCAGAAUACUUCCCUCCCAGCCACUUGCUCGAGAAGAACUCUGAUGGAAUCAUAAAGGCAGCCAAGCAAGGAGACCUGAAGAUGUUGAAGGAUCUUCAUUCGCAAGGUUUCUCACUGCUAUCAAUUGAUGCACAUGGGCAGACAGCACUUCACUUUGGUGCCCGUCAUGGACACAAAGACAUUGUGCGCUAUUUGAUUGCAUCAGCCCCGCCUUCUAUCCUUGAUAUGGUGGACACGGAAAAAGGCCAGACAGCACUGCACCAGGCAGCCUCCAACAGGAGACGGACAGUAUGUUGCAUGCUCGUUGCUGCUGGGGCUUCCCUAACUAUCCGGGACCUCCAGGGCAACACGCCUCGUGCUCUGGCCCAGCGAGCCGAUGACCAAGAACUGGCUGCAUAUCUGGAGAGCCAGGAGCAGUUUCAGACAAUGGUGCAUGAGGAUUUGGAGACAACCGUAUGAUCCAAGCUUUAAACACAACCUUGGAGCAUGAAACCCACCUUCCAGCGAAGUUUGGCAUCAGUCAGACUGGAGGAUCUCAUCACACAUGUUUAUUUCCCCAAAACCCACUUAAAUCAUCAUCUGUAAUCAUGUAAUGAGAAGAAAACCUUUUCAGAGGAGAGUCUGAAUGAAUACAUAAAUUAUAUAUAUAUAUAUUUGUGUGUGUGUGUGUGUGUGUGUGUGUGUGUGUGUGUGUGUGUGUGUGUGUGUGUGUGUAUGUGCGUGUGUGUAUGUGCGCAUGUG